AAGAUUUGUAAUUGCAAACCUGAAACUACGGUGUAUAAUCAACAGUCAGCAGUUUUGAUUUUUGUGCAUUUUCUUCAAGUUUUCACGACAUUAAAAUGCUUGGUCUAGAAAAUUUCCCUGAAUAUGAAGUUCCUGGAGUGCGUCAAGUUCAAUUUUAUCCUUAUGAGUCAAAUGGAGGAAGUGUCGUCGCCAUCGCCGGAGAUGAUUUCGCAGUAAUCGGUGCGGACACUCGUUUGAGCUCUGGGUAUUCUAUUCAUACAAGAACUCAAAAUAAGCUCUUCCGAUUAUCUGCUGGAACAGUACUUGCUUCGACCGGUUGUUGGUGUGAUACUUUGGCCUUGACCAGUUUGGUCAAAGUUCGUAUGCAAAUGUACAAAGAUCAGCACCAGAAAAAUAUGACCACUCCAGCGGUAGCCCAAAUGCUAUCGAUUCUGAUGUACAACCGACGUUUCUUCCCGUAUUAUGUGUCUAACGUUCUGGCCGGACUGGAUGAGGAUGGUAAAGGUGUGAUUUAUAGCUACGAUCCCAUUGGACACUGCGAGAAGACCACAUAUCGUGCCGGUGGAUCAGCUGGACCGUUGCUACAACCGGUGCUCGAUAAUCAGAUCGGAUUGAAGAACAUGGUUGAUGUGCAACCAGCGGCGUUACAGCUUGAAAAGGCUGUAUCCAUUAUAAAGGAUACAUUCAUUUCGGCUACCGAGCGAGAUAUCUAUACCGGGGAUUCGGUUAUCAUCAACGUUAUCACUAAAGAUGGCAUCAAGGAGGAAGUUGUGCAGUUAAGAAAGGAUUAAGAUUUUUUUCGAUUCACUUCAUUGAUCUAAUAAAUAUUGAAUGAGAAACUUA